CCUGUCCACAGAGGAGGGUGCUUUUCCUGGGCUGCUGAGAUGAAUGAGAGAAGAUGAAGGUCUCCCUCAUUGUCCUGCUGUCUUUGGUCCUAUGUGCAGAGCAAGCAAACACCCUGUGGUGCUACACCUGCGAGUGGGAGCAAAGCAACUGGAGAUGUCUGAAGGCCGUGAAGUGCUCGGACAAGGAUGAGUACUGUGUGACGAAUGUGGCCUCUGUAGGAAUUGGAUUUUUGAGUUUGUGGAAGAGGAUCACCAAGAAGUGCUCUGAGACCUGUCCACACCACAACUUCAGCCUGGGCCUGGCCUCCUACACCUCUUCUUGCUGCCAGACUUUCUUAUGCAAUCUGAAUGCCUGCCCAGGACCCAAGCUGGCUCGGCAGUGAGGUGAUGGGAGAUCCUGUGCCAGUGUCCUUCAGCUGCUCAGAGAUGUGGCCUAUUACCCCCCUCCUUCUCACAGUUAUGCCAUGCUGCGAGGACCCAUCUUCAUGCUGAAGAAGCCACCCCAGGAGGAACCAUCUCCUUUUACCUCUUCAUUAAACUGCAAUGUCUUUCAAACGCUAUUUAGGAACCUGCAUUUUUCUCCCUGAAGCAAUCAGAUCCCCCUUGCCCCUAAUACCCCAAAGCUCUAAUUUACUACUCCUACAAUAUUUUUACCUAAAAAGGAGUUGUGUGUUUUUUCCUGUGUGCCAGAAUUAUUCAGCUCUCUGAAAGCUCUGUGGAAUCCCAGUUGGAUAGACUCUAAUAAUUAA